AUGUUUAAGUGCCGUCAAAAAACAACCCCUCAGUUACUGCCCUCAGUAUUGUUGAUAAUGUCUAUUCUGCUAUCAAAAGUCCGUGGUCAUGAAAUGGCUGGUAUGGAUGAUACAGAUGAUUUAACUUUCCCCGAUAUAGUAGAUUUUGGGCCCAAAAUGACACAUUGGUUAUUAUCAGUCUUUUUCCUAUUAUUGUUAAGUUCAUUCUCUACUUCUUUAGCAUUUUCAAGUAAAACACACGCAUCCGUUUUAGUACAAACUAUCAUUACAAUUUAUGCAUUUUUUGAAAAAUUCCUUUUAAGAUUCCCAGACAACGACGGCAUAGAAAAUAGAGUUUCCAGAUGUUUUGGUUGGAUUUUUUUAUCAAUAUCUAUAACAACAUUAUUCUUUGGUAGUUUAGCUAGUGGAACAGGAUUAUUGUCAAAAUACAAAAAGAUAAAUUCUUUGUCGUCCAAACUUGGCACUAAAGUGUUAGUAUAUAUACAUAGAGCACUAUCCUUGGUUUUAAUUUGGAUUGGUUGGAUUAAAGUAUGUUUAGCUCCAGUAGCUUUAUUCGGAUUUUGUAGGGGCGGCUCAACUGGACAAUGUAUAGCCCAUGGUAUCAUGGGAACUUCUUUUGUAAUUUAUGGGUUUGUGUAUUCGAUGGUUCUUGUAGUUCCUUGGAUAAGGUUAGCUAAUUACUCACAAGAUCAUGUUGAUAGCUGGAUUAUUAUGAUUUGGGGUUGUGUUAAUACGUUUACUGAAGGUCCUCAUGGUGAUUCUAAUUGGUCCCAUGGCGAUUUUCAACAUACAUCUAUGGGUAUUAUUUGGUGGUGUGCAGGACUGUUAGGCGUAUUUUUAAGUCGCAACAAACAGAGAACAUUUGUACCAAGUUUGGUUUUCAUUUUUACCGGAUGGGCAAUGAUGGAACAUGUCCAAUUAUUAAUUAUUAGCACAAAAGUGCAUUACUUGUUUGGUCUAGUUUUGGUUAGUGGUGGGGUAUGUCGCAUUAUUGAAAUAUCAUUUCUUUUCAAAGAUCGUUUGCAUUUGGACAAAAUAUAUUCUUUCCAAUACCUUCCCCCAUUUACUUUAGUAUGCUCCGGUAUCUUAUUCAUGGGUGCCAAUGAGGAGCAACUAAAUUUAGUCUUAAGAAUUGGGGCAGAUCAUUCUGCGUAUAGUCUGGUUUUGUUAGCAGCUUCUUUUUUGGUUUAUUUUUGGAUUAUUUGUUGUUUAAACAUAUAUGUGAGAUUUGUUGAAAGGGAAAAAGCAGGGUUUUUAGACUCCUAUGAAUCAAAUCUAGUUAGAGAAAAUAGUGAAAAUUUUGAAUUAUCUGAGGGGGAACUAGAUGAUUUAAAUGAUAAUAUUGAUGAUCAUGAAGAAGAUAUAAGUGUUUAA